AUGUAUCUAUCUAGAUUUGUCACCCCCGCGCUGUUCGUCCUGUUGAACAUACAGUCACAGACAGUUAGCCGAAUCGGCGGGGCGCCGAAAAAGAAGAACGCUGAUGUGGUAAGAAAUUUAAAGGAUAAGGACAACAACAAAAUAGCGGAUGCAAAUCGCAAAAACGCCACAGCAAACGGUAAGAAUGCCGAGGAAGGUAGAGCCAUAUUUAACGAAAGCCAAUUCAAAAUGCAAUUCGGAAUUGAGGACUCAGACAUUUCCCAAAAUUUAUCAAAGGAAGAAAUUGACAAGCUGCUAGAUUCCUAUGGACCUAAUUUAAACCCGAAACAGCAAUAUAUUGUAUUUCACCAUUACAAUAAAUAUCUGAACAAAAUUUACAACGAAAAGGUGGAUAAAAUGUGGGACCUGUCAGAAAAACUGGCAUUGAAAUACCAAGUUCCUCAUGAAGCUAAAGUGAAAUAUUGGUAUCAGUGUGAAAGCAGACUGAAACAUGAUUUAAAAUCAAUGAAUAAUUAUUCCUAUAAAAAUUUUUACUUAUACAUCCAGGAACAGGAAAAGCCCAUUCAACCCGCCAUCAAAUUUAAACUUUUUUUGUCCCUCCACUUUUUUACUUGGAAUAAAGAAAUGAAUGAAAAUGAGCAAAAAAGGGUAGAGAUACUUACCCAAAAAAUGCAAAAUUAUAAUAAAAAUAAGGACAAACACCACAUGAAGUGA